AUGGGUUGCAUUCAUUCAAGAGGAUGUAUUGGUCAGUUGUGUGUACCCCGAGAUCCUGAGGUUAAACGAAGUGAAACUGUGAAAACAACAGCUGAGAUUGCAGUGUUCUCACCUGCUCAAUCUGAUGAUGAAGGAGAAAUUAGAGAUCAAGUAAAUCAGUUAGGUUCAACAAGGGAUAAUGAAGUGGGUAUAACUCGGCUGUCCAGGGUGUCAGCCCAGUUUCUACCUCAUGACAGUUCACGAACUGUAAAGGUUCCAUCAGAGAGUUAUGAACUAUGCUACUCAUUUCUGUCUCAGAGAGGCUACUACCCUGAUGCCCUUGAUAAGGCCAACCAGGACAGUUUUUGCAUUCACUCUCAAUUUGGAAUGAGCCCAAAUGAUCAUUUCUUUGGGGUUUUUGAUGGACAUGGGGAAUUUGGAGCUCAAUGCUCACAAUUUGUAAAGCAGAAGUUAUGUGAAAAUUUGCUUAGGAAUAGUCAAUUUCAAACUGAUGCAGUCGAAGCAUGCCAUUCUGCUUUCGUGAUGACAAAUUCACAGUUGCAUGUUGAUGCAAUAGAUGAUAGCAUGAGUGGAACAACUGCAAUUACAGUACUAGUUCGGGGUAGGAUGCUUUAUAUUGCCAAUUCAGGUGAUUCGAGGGCUGUUGUAGGUGAGAAAAGAGGGGAGGACAUUGUUGCUGUUGACCUAUCAAUUGAUCAUACUCCUUUCCGGGUUGAUGAACUUGAACGUGUGAAGCUUUGUGGAGCUAGAGUUCUCACCUUGGAUCAGAUUGAAGGACUCAAGGACCCAAACGUACAGUGUUGGGGAACUGAAGAAAGUGAUGAUGGUGAUCCUCCCAGAAUUUGGGUGCAAAAUGGUAUGUAUCCGGGUACAGCUUUCACGAGAAGUGUAGGUGAUUCUAUUGCAGAGACAAUAGGUGUAGUUGCAAACCCAGAAAUCGUUGUCUUGGAGCUCACACCAAAUCAUCCUUUCUUUGUGAUUGCUAGUGAUGGUGUAUUUGAGUUCCUUUCAAGCCAAACCGUGGUGGACAUGGUUGCAAAAUACAAGGACCCCCGUGAUGCAUGUGCUGCAAUUGUUGCCGAAUCAUAUCGUCUAUGGCUUCAAUAUGAAACUCGUACCGAUGAUAUUACUGUGAUUGUUGUUCAUGUAAAUGGAUUAAAUGAUGCUGCACUCGAUCAACCAACAAGUUCUGUUGCAAUUUCAAAACCCGCUUUGCCUCAGGUGGUUGAAGUAUCCAGAUUAGAGUCUCCAUCCCAUAUGAGAUGGAAUUCUAGAAGCCACCGUGCACGGCAUGAUAUAUCACGGUCACGACUACGGUCUAUUGAAAGCUCUCUAGAGAAUGGUCAAGCAUGGGUUCCCCCUUCUCCAGCCUACAGAAAGACUUGGGAAGAAGAAGCUCAGAUUGGACGGGCCUUGAACGAUCAUUUUCUUUUCAGAAAACUCACUGACUCCCAGUGUCAUGCUUUGUUGGACUGCAUGCAAAGAGUUGAGGUUCAAGCUGGAGAUGUUGUAGUUGAACAGGGUGGAGAUGGUGAAUGUUUCUACGUUGUUGGCAAUGGCGAAUUUGAGGUCUUCGCAACGCAGGAAGAGAAAAUUGGAGAAGUGCCUAGGGUUCUACAACAUUAUACUGCUGAAAAGUUAUCUUCCUUUGGGGAGCUGGCACUGAUGUCUAAUAAACCCCUUCAAGCUUCUGUCAGAGCGGUGACUAAUGGAACUCUGUGGGCACUUAAAAGAGAGGAUUUUAGAGGAAUCCUCAUGACAGAGUUUUCUAAUUUGUCAUUAUUGAAGUUACUACGAUCUGUAGAUAUUCUUUCAAGGUUGCCAGUUUUACAGCUGAAGCAUAUUGCAGAUUCACUUUCACAAUUGUCUUUUUCUGAUGGGCAGAAAAUAGUUGAUGAGAGUGAGGACCUUCUGGGAAUGUACAUCAUCCAGAAGGGUGUGGUGAAAAUUACUUGUGACGUGGAUUCAGCAAAAAAUGUAAAUGCAUAUAGUAUUAUACCUUCAUCUGACAAUCACUAUGAUGAUAUAACCAACAAGAGUCUCUCUGUGGAGAAGACUGAGGGGAGCUAUUUCGGAGAAUGGAAACUUCUUGAUGAAGAUAUUUCUCCCUUUAGAGCUGUCGCUGUGGGCGAUGUGGCAUUCUCUGUCUUAACAAGGGAAAAGUUUGAUGCAGUUGUUGGCCCUCUGGCAAAGUCUUCGCAGGAUGAUCAUAAGUCAAAGGACUACUCUACUAGUUUCUUCUUGGAAUCUAACAAAAAAUUGGAAAAUUUAUCUAUUGACAAGGUCCAGCUCGUUGAUUUGGAGUGGAGAACGUGUUUAUAUUCUACGGACUGCUGUGAGAUUGGCCUCGUAAGUUUGAGAGAGACAGAAAAUCUUCUUAGCUUGAAGAGGUUUUCUAAGCGGAAGGUUAAAAAACUUGGAAAAGAAGCACAAGUCCUGAAAGAGAAGUAUCUGAUGACGAAUAUAAACCCGUCUGCUUGUGUUCCUCGAAUUAUAUGCACUUCUGCUGACUAUACACAUGCUGGCAUACUUCUAGAUACGCGUCUUGCUUGCUCUUUGACCUCAAUAAUUUACAAGGCACUUGAUGAACCAUCUGCACGGUUCUGUGCGGCCUCUGUUGUUAUUGCCUUGGAAAAUUUGCACAAGAAUGGCAUUCUCUAUCGAGGUGUGACCCCUGAUGUUCUAAUGUUAGACCAGGCAGGAUACAUACAGCUAGUGGACUUCAGGUUCGGGAAGAAGUUUUCUGGUGAUUGUGGUGAGAGAACAUAUACCAUAUGUGGUAUCGCAGAUACUUUGGCCCCAGAAAUUAUCCAAGGGAAAGGCCAUGGUUUUCCUGCUGACUGGUGGGCGCUUGGAGCUUUGAUCUACUUCAUGCUAAACGGGGAAAUGCCUUUUGGUUCUUGGAGAGAAAGUGAGCUCACGUGUGCUAGAAUUGUGAAAGGACAGCUAACCCUCCCACAAACUUUCAGCCUUGAAGCUGUUGAUCUCAUUACUAAGUUACUAGAUGUUGAUGAAAGCACUAGACUUGGAACCCAAGGCAUUGACUCUAUUAAAAGUCAUCCAUGGUUCGACGAUAUUGAUUGGAAAAGAUUAGCAGAGAAUACUUUUCCUGUUCCCAAUGAGAUUGUCUCGCGUUUAAAUCAAUACCUGGAAAGUCAUUCUGAAGAUGCAGCACCUUUGUUGAAUUCUCCAUUACAAGAGGUGGAAGAACUUAACACCCCAGAAUGGCUUGAAGACUGGUAG